AUGGAGAAGAAUCUUUCGAUGAUUUUGGAUUCCAUUUUUGCAGUGGAUUUACGUAAACUGGACAGUAAAGAAGCGACUUUUGUUCGUCAAAUGAGAGCCAUUGCCACCGGACAUUCUGAAACUCUCCCAUGGAUAGUUCGAGACAUCGAAUACGAUAUCAUAUCAAAGGAAGACAUGAAAUAUUCUGAUAUGAGCGACUUCUGGAUGAAACAUCCAAAGUAUAAAGAACUUGACAGAUGCCUUGGGGACACACGACCAUCUUCAUACAGCUCUACAUCCACAGAUGAUGCCCUCAAAACAAGUUUAUGCCAGUUUUUCGAAGAGAAUUCCGAUUUGGACACACGAGUUCGAAGCGAAGUUCAAGUUCUUGGUCAAAUAAAACGUAAACGAUAUCUGCGAAAGCCAUUUUGGAUAUUGUUGAAGCAAUAUAAAGCAGAAAAAGGGCCGGAAUGCUGUCUUAACACCCUUCGGAAAAUAUAUAAAAAGCAUUUUUCCAGCUGGCUAUCUCUUCCUGAUGAUGAAUCUAUUCUCCGAUGCGUCUGCCCGAGUCACCUUCAAGUGGAACUCUUCUGCAAGGCUAUAAAUCGAGUUUCUAUGCGACCUGCAAUAUCCGAAGAACAAUUAUUGGACACGACAGUAUGCGAAAACGGCGGACAUGCAGUCAGAUGCUUGGAAAAUGCUUGCUCAACAUGUGAUGACAGCGAAGAUGGAUAUGCUCUUGCUCGAGCACGCCUAGAGCUGCUCAUGGAACUUGUACCAGACGAUGCAGAUGUUACCUAUGCCCAGCUAUGUGAAAUCGAAAAAGUCGACGCCAACAAUAACAGAUACAAGCGAGAGCAAAUUCUCAUGCAAUGUGCACCAAAGGUGGAGUUCCUUGAUUUGCUGACCGACUACCUUCUGAGAGGAUGCAUGUCUUCUGGUGCCCAAAAGAAACUGCUGAACCACUACAAACUCAACGAAGAGUGCUACAACUUCAGCAGGAGUCUUCUAGACAUCUGCACCUACGAUAACGAUGCCCUCAUGAUCACGACGGAUUACGUCGAUCUUGAGGCUCUAGAAUAUCUUAUAGGAAGAUUCACAGGGCUAUUAAGAACUUUUCUAGAGGAUUCGAAGGCUCUAGAAUAUCUUACAGGAAGAUUCACAGGCCUAGUCAGAACUAUUUCUGAUGAUCUGGAGGCUCUAGACUGUCUUAUAGGAAGAUUCACAGGCCUAGUCAGAACUAUUUCUGAUGAUCUGGAGGCUCUAGAAUGUCUUAAAGGAAGAUUCACUGGCCUAGUCAGAACUAUUCCUGAUGAUCUGGAGGCUCUAGAAUAUCUUACAGGAAGAUUUUGA